GAUUCCCGUGCGGUGCAAAAUCGAAAAAUGGCCGUUCCACUAGCAUUUGACGAGAACUUUUACGGCAGCCGCAUAUAUUCGGGCCUGGCCGCGACGAGCGAGUGAUCGGCCAGAUAAUUUGAGAACGUUGCGCUCGGAACGGAGGGAACAGAGGCAGAAAGGGGAAUGAUGGCGAGAAAACUGUGAAGGGAACUGUGCGCGCAUCGUGCGAAAGAGAAGUUUGCCGUGAAUCGUCGCGCACACGGUGUGUAACGUCGCGCCGUGAGCGGUGUCUCUAGCAGACGACAUUGUUAGUAAAAAUAAAAUACUAUUAUAUUUGGAUCGGUCGAGAGUGGAUACUCGACGUGGACGCGCGAAGAUGCGCCCCGACGAGAUGCGUGUUAUUGCGGUAUCGUUCCGUCGCAUCGCGAACAUGAAUUUGCCGUAGGCGAUGAAACGCCGCUUUUGUAUUGUGCUUCACGUCAGUCAUCAGCUAUAUGCUCUCUCUCGUCGACUUGUCGUCGGUUUUGACUGCCAGUCAAGAACAAAAUUGCCGAGGGAAUGGAGAGAGUGCGCGUGCACGACGAUUCCGAUUGAUCGUCACGAUGUCCAUUAGUCAGCGAGUCGUUGCUCGUACCCUGACAGCGUAACUGGAUCGUGAAACCGACGCGAGAACAGAUCGAUGGUACGGAGAUCCGUGUCAGGACGUAACGACGAGAGUAACGUGAAACGUCUACUGCACCAGCAACACCUCUCGCCUGCACGCAAUCAUGGCUGCCUAGUAUAGGGCGCGUAUUGACCAAUUUUUAUCCCAGUGCCCCUUUAGGUUAAAAGUCUCUCGUAUUCGUAACGCGUUUCGCAUUGACAGUUAACAGCUGCCCAGGCGCGUGACGUCGCGCUACCGCGCGCGACCGAUCCGAUUGUACAUGUGCCUGUAAAUCAUUCGGAAGACUUGCUGUUGAGGAAUGUAGGCGACGAAAGCACGGAUCAAAAUAAUAAUAUAACUAUGACGAGCGAAGAUCUGUUACAACCCGGCCAUGUGGUCAAGGAAAGGUGGAAAGUUGUGAGAAAAAUAGGUGGCGGCGGGUUUGGCGAAAUUUACGAGGGUCUCGAUUUAAUGACGAAGGAACAAGUCGCUCUUAAGGUUGAAUCUGCACGGCAGCCCAAGCAAGUCUUAAAGAUGGAAGUAGCUGUACUAAAAAAAUUACAGGGUAAAGAUCACGUUUGCCGUUUUAUCGGCUGCGGGCGUAAUGAUCGAUUUAACUAUGUUGUAAUGCAAUUACAAGGAAAGAAUCUAGCCGAGCUACGCAGAGCACAACCGCGAGGUGCUUUCUCACUUUCUACUACGUUACGUCUCGGUCUUCAAAUUCUGAAAGCUAUAGAAAGCAUUCAUCAAGUGGGCUUUCUGCACAGAGAUAUCAAACCUUCAAAUUUUUCGAUCGGCCGUCAUCCUUACAACUGCAGGCUAGUAUACAUGUUAGAUUUUGGUCUAGCUCGACAAUUCACGACUGGUACGGGAGAGGUGCGACCGCCUCGUGCCGCUGCGGGAUUUAGAGGAACCGUCCGAUACGCGUCAGUCAAUGCGCAUAAGAAUAAAGAGAUGGGCCGACACGACGAUCUCUGGUCGUUAUUUUAUAUGCUAGUCGAGUUUGUUAAUGGACAACUGCCAUGGCGAAAAAUCAAGGACAAAGAGCAAGUGGGCCUGAUGAAAGAGAAGUACGACCAUCGAUUGCUUCUGAAGCAUCUACCAUCUGAUCUACGGGUCUUCUUAGAGCAUAUCCAGAGUUUGGAGUAUGCGGAUAAACCGGAUUACGGUAUGUUGGCCGGUUUGUUUGAACGAUGUAUGAAACGUAGAGGUGUAAAGCCAAACGAUCCUUACGAUUGGGAAAGGCCAUUAAUAGCUAAUGAAGGUUUAUCAACUACUAGAUCGUUACCUACAGUAGCCGUAGCGCCGCCGCUUACUACAGCUACUACUAUCAAUCAACCUCCGACUACAAAUGUAGAUACCAAUAAUCAAGAAAACGUUGAGCCGGACAAUAGGAAGGAGUUGGAUGUGCAAUUCGAUUACGAAAGUUUAUACAGAAGAAAUAGGCAACGUGCAAUAGAAGGUUCUCCAGUGCCAUUCGCAGCAGCGAUCAGCAAUCAUGGUAGGGAUAAAAAUUGCAAUACCACGAUGCCAACGACCGAUAAUACGCAUCAGCAGGUUGCGCAGCAGGCUGUGCCGCCUCCACCGAUGCAAGGAUCUCCGAAAAAACGACGCGCAGUGUCGAUGGCGGUAGAAUCUCAAGCGCCUGCAUCGGUAGAAAAACAGGUAGACAACGAGGGAGAUGCGUUGAUGGCGUCUGCUCGCUCCGCCUCCGAUGUUCCUCGCCUUAAAACGGUGACGAAUGCAACGGCGCCGCUUAGAAAAUCGGCGAGUGGCGCUACGUUGCCCGCUACGCUCGCUCGUCUACGCAUUGCCACACCCGAGGGAACCUCCGGUGAAUUGCCGAGCCCUCGCAUACAGACAGAAGUCGAUGCUUCCUAUUGCUCUUACGACGUCACUAAUACCAAAUACGUUGGAAACCAAAGUCCGGUAACCGAACAAAGGGAACCUCUCAGAAGGGAACCUAGGAGGAGAACGGACAGCCGACAGCAAGCGAGAGGCGGACGCUCGGCGGUACGUGACUGUUCUAUCACACAAUUUGCGCAAAUAGACGACGACAACGUGUCCGCCCUGCAGCAAGUGACCAAAGGAGGCGGAGGAUUAACUCUGGCCUCGCAAUGGAAAUCGCAGUUUGACGACUCCGAAGAGACUGAUAACGAAUGGAAGGGCGAGAAUCUGCAGAGUCCCGAGCACAAAGGAACGAAUGCUCCAUCCAUACCACCACAGUCCACAGGUAUCGUCGAGGGCUCGCAGCACGUAUCGACGGAUGCGAAAUCUACCGCGGGUCAAGCGAAUGCCUCAAACGCGUGUCAGCAGCAGUCUCUAGUUCCUGCGGCAUUGUCGAGAAUAAGCGAAGAUUCUCCGAGACCAACGGCGCCGCAUAGAUGUCUAAACAUCGCGGGUAUCGAAAAAUAUCCGGAACUUCAAGGGGCACUCCCGCGAGCUUGGAGCGUUCCGGUCUUAGCGCCGCAUGUUCGGGCGUAUCUCGAAGCUCCGUUGGUUCAGCAAGCGGCAUUUGACGAUUUAUUGUACGAGGUCGACGUUAUGAGAAAUAUUGCCACCCGCUACGACGAGCCGAGGCAAGUUGCGCUAGUCAGAAGGCCUAGUCUACCAGCAGUGGCUUUUUCUCUGUCCGACGCAAUGUUCAACACACCCAGAGGAGAAGAGGAGGAGGAAGCAGUAGCGGGAAGAUUGGAAAUCAGAGUGGUAGAUGCGACUGGUGGUGCUACGAUUGUGCAAACCAGUGCUGACAGAGAACCAUUACAAAAGAAAUUAACGAACGGUACAGCAGGUAGCCCAGCUAGUCCUAAUCCGGGACCGGAAGAGCCAUCAAUAUAUUACGAUGCUACGGAGAAUCGACCGACUGCAAAUGCUAGUUUGCAGAAGGAAGCGACCGGUGUCACUACUGCCUCGGCUACCUUACAAAAUGCAGUACCGCAACGUGAUAAUAAGGACAAUAAAGAAAAGGAAACAUCCAGUAGAGCGUACAUCGCCCAUAGUAAAAUACCAAUUCCCGUUAAGAGCCCAAGGUGCUCGCUGUCCGAGUCGGCGCCCGAGACUAAUACUCCGAAUACCAAGGCGGCGACUGGAAGUGACAUAGAAAAAUCAUCGAUGCCCGCCGCCACAACUAAGGAAAAAGAGAAUACUGUCAGAGGUAAACCAUUGACAGUACAUGCGGAAGCGCCAGCACAUUGCCGUCGCAUGCCAUUAUCUGACGCUAGACCAAUCAUGUCGCCUUUAACUUCAGCCAGCUCUGCCGAAGAUGAAAAUUUAACUGGAUGCACGCCCGCUUUGCGCCGCCGAAGACAGAGCGAAAAGUAUGUGACAGACGCUAGUCAGCUGAAUCUGCAAUUCCAAAGACCGCAACACAGAACAAGACCGCAGUCCGAGGUGCUGCCGAGACUUUCUCCCAGGGGAGUACCCUCGCACCUCCUACGGGAGCCAGGUAAAAAGUCUGAAGAGAGCAGUGAAAGUGAUUCCAACAGCAGUGGACCACCGAGAUCCGGGCGUCAACCACCACCACCGCCUGCGUCGUUGCCACCUCACAUAGCAGAGAACAAUGCUAGAUGCCGCCGCUAUUGGCCGAUACCAGACGCAACGAUCGCUAGCAGAGAAUCGUGAGAUUUGCUGUUCAAAAUGACAAAUAGCCUCAGUUUGUGUUAGGAUUUGAGAAGGCUUUACUGCUCAACCAAACGAGAAUGUGAUAUCAUUCGGGGCAGCGAAAACACGUAAUUUUUCGUUUCGAUAAAUACGUCAUCAGGAAUUUUAACAAAGUGCAUAUCUGUGUAUCGAUGAAGAUAGCAGAAUGUGCGAAGAUAUAACUGUCUGUGAAUGCGUAUUAAAUAAUUGAAGUAACGUCGCUUUAACGGAAGUUUAGCUAUUUUGAUGGUCUUGAGCAAAUUCUUCAAAGAAGGGAAUCUUUCAGAUCAUUUGUGGGGUAUUUGCGGGGCACUUGAUAUAUUUAAAUCAAUUGAAUAAAAGCGUAUGUAAGAUUGCUUUCAAGCGUGCUGUGCGUGCAAGCGAUACAACAAUCCGGUCAGUCGAGAUAGUUGCUUCUUCAAAAGAGGACUACAACAUUCUUUCUUUGCUUAUACUUGGCACACUUGCGUUAGAGUCGCGUGACAUGCUCGUAUAUAAUAUCAUUAGGUAUCUGCAUCUAAUGUACUGCCCCCUCUCCGCACCACACCCUCUUUGUUUUACAUCUACUAAAUUUGCACAAAUUAGUUAACGCAUCAUUAUCAUGCGUUGUGUUUAAAACUUUAAUGAAUUCGAUGCCUUUAUUAAAUCUCACAAAAUUUCCUUUAUACAAAAGUGUCAAAUCCACUCAUCUGCAUAAUUUACACAUUAAAUUUCCUACAAGUUUUGUAAGAUUUAUAAUUUUUAUUCUAGUGAUAUUCGCUGCAAUAUGUAGUAAUAUUUUUGUUAUUACGUUACAAUUAUAACAACUACUGUUAUGCAUACUGAAACAUAUUUUAUUUGUUACAAUCGUACGAAUAUUUUAUAUCGUGAAAGUAUGAAUGUUUGGUAUAAAGAUCAUUAUAGUUAGUAUCGUACUCGUCCGAUUUCAAAGAGUGCUUUAAAUUAUUAGCAAUUUAUAAAUAUUGUCUUGCAAUGAGCAUAAAUCAUGUAAAAGUAAUUUAAUGAGUUUUGUGGAUAAUAAGAAAACGUAUGUGUGAAUAAUACUAUGGAUAUGGAUGUUGUGUAGCGUGACAACAAAGAAAGAGUGAGAGAGAGAGAAAGAUUUCAUGUGAAAAAGUGAUGAUCUAAAUAAAUUUGGGCCAAAUGUACUAGUCUCCUAAAUAGCCCAUCAUUAAUGUCAACAAAAUGCAAUUGUAUCACCUAUAUAUACAUGUGUACGUAUGUAUGUAUAUAUAGAUGUAUAGUGUGUGUGGUGUUUGUACAUAGGAUCUCAGUUUUCUAGCAUUAUUCUUUGCCAAAUUUAGAGAAUACAACAAGAUUGUUUGAAUUGAGUACAAAGAUAACUCGAGGUUUCCUGGAAAUAGUUUGAAAAAAUAUUACCAAAUCUAAAACAAUAUUUUCGAAUUUUUUUCCUGGUGAUUUUACUUUGCGCGUUUACUAUAUAAUUUUUAUUUAAACAGAUGCUGAAAGAAUAUAAAAUUUUUGUUAAGAGAGAUGCAUCUCCAACUUGGUAAACAGUUUUUAUAUAUAUAUAUAUAUAUAUAUAUAUAUAUAUAUAUAAAUGAGUAUAUGAAAUCUGAGAAAUCCUGUAUACGAACGUAUGCAUGUGUGAGAACGUGAGAGUCGAAGAGACGUGCGCGUGCGACAAACAUUCUGAACAGGAACUUUUAAAAGUAAUAUUUGUACUGAAUGAUAUAUCCAAACACAGGUUCCUUUAUUUGAUUACGUAAACAUACAAAAAGUAGUAUAAAAUACCACAGCAAUGUAUGAAGAGAGAGCGAGAUAAGAUGUAAUCAUCUUAUCUGUAUAUGUAUGUAUAUCAGAUGAAAUCCGUAACCAUGGCAGAUAUUUCAAUAAUUCUCAUGCACAUAAUACAACAAAGUUGAUGUAAGCACGAAUGCUUUUGCGAGUUUUCUUAUAUAACGAAUCUUGAGUGAAGUCUAGUGAUGCAGAAAGCUAGUCAAACUAGGAUAAUUCAUAAUAUGUGCUAUUGUUAAAUUCAAUUCUAAGUAUGAGUCACCUUGUAAAAUAAAAUAGGGAGAUUAUGCUGCAGUGAUUAAUAUUGUAUUGUAAGAUCAAGCAUAAAAGGUAUAACAGUCAAAAUGUAUUUGGCGAAAAAUGGACGCAAUUUCUUAAGAAAUGUGAUGUUGAUUAUUUUCUCUCUCUUUUUUGUAGUAAAUAUGUCCGCGUGACAAGUGAUAAUCUUCCUCAAGUUUUUGUCAAGGAAGAAUCGAGUCCGAAGUUCACGAAGAAAUGGCGCUACGUGAUUGCUUCUCAUCAAAAUUUUGUGAGACACCAGGAAUAAUAAUUUAUAAAUAAACGUAAUUUCGAAAUCAUUUUAUUCGCAAGAAUUCGCAUUUUGUUGCAAAUAAUAUACAACAAGAGAGAUUUUAUUAGGAUUAAUAGGAAACUUAUUACAUUAUCAAUUUAUUAUCGUUUAUUAAUAACUUUGUAUAAAUGUAUACGAAAUGCGGAUACAUGACGUAAAUUGAAUAGAGAUAAAAGGAUCAAAAUUGGCGAACUUGUUGGCAACAUUGUUAAUGAUAGCAUUAUUACAUAUGAAAUUAAAUAUAAAAAAAAGUGCAUCUUUCCAAGCAAGUAUAUGAUAUAGGUUAGUAAUUGUAAAAUAUUAUUCAAUAUGCAUGUAUAAAUGAAUUUAGAGUUUUGCUGCCUUUUUCAGAAGGUAAAAGAAGAGAAAAAGCAUGUGUACACACGUAUACACAGAGAGAGAGAGAAAGAGUAUCCUUUUCCGAAUUUAUGUAAAUAAAUGCCAUGUACGCAUAUAGCUGCGUAUUUUAUGAACAUUGAAAUGUAAUAUAUGGUAUUUACACGAAAUGCUUUAUAAUAGAUGUUCACUCAACUUGAAAAAUUAACUUAUUAAAGUACGUAAUUUUUGGCG